AUGAGUGACAACGACCCUUUACUUUCAGAUCAACCUCUCAAGCCAAGAAAGCCAAAAUCCCGUGGAGUAAGCUCUAGAUUUCUGUCACCAAUCACAACUUCUCAAGAUAAUUCAAUCCCAUCUCCAACUCCAAGCCAAGCUUCCUCACCUCUUCGUAAAAAAUCCAGUGAUACCCGGAAGCAACGGAGCCUUGAGGACCCAGGAUUCAUUCGAGGUCUUUGGCCUUCAUCCAUUACUUCUUCAUCGCCUUCACAUUCAACAUCGAGGAACAGAAACGUGGGCACUCUUGCCGACCAUCUUGGAAAUGAAAGACUCAGAGACUUCCUGGAGAGGAAAAAAGACGAGAAAUCUGUGAAAAACAGUAACGUGUUUUCCCUUAGUAGGCAAAGAAGUUGCUCCGAGUAUAGUAGGUUUGACAAUGAGAAAGAUAAAGAGAAAGAGAAAGAGAAGGAAAGUAUGAAAGAAAAUCACAGACCACUUCUUGGAGGGUCUAUGAGAUAUACAGGGAAGCUUCACUUCCCAGGAAAAUCAUCUUCUUCAUCAUCAUCCUCCUCCUCGAAUACUUUGUCUAACAAUUCUGAUUUUAUACCUGGAAGACUAUCAGUUGAUGAAAAUGCACUAUAUAGAAACUCUAAAAAUGCUGAUGCUUCUCGGCGAAAAUCAGAUUCUUUUAUGGAUAGCGUUGAUACAGAAUCUGAGUGCAGUGCAAAUUGUUCAGCCACAGAUUGUGCUUCCCCAUCUGCUGGGAAAAAUUCACGCAAAUCUGGUAUAGAGGUGUCUUCAAAAUAUUUGCAGGAUGUUCCAACAAGAUCUCGAAGAGGCACAUCAGAUUCUAAUGUUCAACAUCCACUAUCAUUAGAUGCUUCUCCAAAAACGAAGAAAUUUACGAUAAGAAGUGCAAUUAAGAGGGCUAAUUCUUUAACUGGUUACGGGAGCUCUACAUCACAAUGGGCCUUGUCACCAGGGCGAUCAGGAUCACCACCGAUGUCAGUAGAAAGUAAGGAAAGGCUAACGUCUUUUUCAAGUUUGAAACCACCAUCAAGUCCGUCAAGGUCUAAAGGUGUGGAGAAAUUUCUGAGUUUGGGAUUGGACUUAUUGAAGGGUAAGAAAUCGUCUUCAUCUAGUUCAUUGAUGGAGUCUGGGAAUGUGGAAAAUAUUCACCAGCUAAGACUGCUUCAUAAUCGGCUGAUGCAGUGGCAGUAUGCAAAUGCUAGAGCUGAUGCCGUGAAUGGGAACACAAGUAAACAAGUAAAGAACAACCUGUUAUGUGCAUUGAAAAGUCUUGCAAAUUUGCAAAGAUCUGUGCUGCUCAAGAAAUUACAGCUUCAGAAAGAAAUACAUGAGAUGAAGCUGGACUAUAUACUACAUUCUCAAAUCAAACAACUGGAAGCUUGGGGAGAUAUGGAAAGGCAGCACUCGGCUGCAGUUUUCAAGACCAAAGAGUGUCUGCAUUCUGUUGUUUGUAGAAUACCACUUAUUGAAGGUGCAAAGGUGGAUCCACAAUUGACUUCCAUCGCACUUCGACAUGCAUCUGAUCUCACAGCUUCUAUCAAGUUAUCAUUGGUUAGCUUUUCACCCUUUGCAGUGAAGAGUGCUGAAUUAGUUUCUCAGCUAGCAGAGGUGGUUUCACAAGAAAAGUUACUACUAGAUGAAUGCCUAGAACUUUUCCAGACAAUAUCCAUGUUAGAAAUUCAGGAGAGGAGUUUGAAGUGCCACGUAAUCCAGUUAAAUUCAUGGCAGUAACAGCAGCAGCAACAAAUCCCUUCAUGACUUCCUAUUCCAUAUUUUUAACUAGGCAGUUUUAGCUCCGGGGCAGGGUUAACUGAUUAAUGAUGUACGCUGGUUUUGUUAAGGUUGUUUGAAGUGAAUUACAAUGAAAUUGAAUUGCUUUGGUAAUGUUUACAAUGGAACUCGAAUGGAGGAAACAAAGCUAGCAGCCAAGGUUUCUUGCAGGGAAUCAAAUCUGUUUGGUCUGUGAAACUUGCUGCGAAUCGAAAAUCAGGUCAUGUAACAAGGU